UCGAUGUAAUCUCUCCCAAUUAAGGGGGGAUUACCAAAAAGAGACCCCUUCUCUUAUUCACGAAGGCAUGUGUACGGCUUAUAUGACUCGUCGUGUAGCGUGAAAUGAUUUCAAUGCCGUUCACGUCCAUCCUUUUAAGGAUUCCCUCAAUCACAGUUGCCUUGUCUGAUGUCCGGAUAACAUAAGGAAGACUAUCGUUAGAUUAAAUGAGAAACAUAUGUUUCCACUAUUUGUGGAACGAUGGUGGCACGUGUAAAUCGUUUGAACAAAUAGAAACUUUCGAAUGCUAUUUUUCAAUUGGAUUGCGGAAUUCUUUUUAGAGUUGUAUUUCGCAGGUGAAGAGGGGGGCUCUUCAACGAAAAGAAAGCCAUCGCAAGGAGAAAAUGGUAAAUUUCCAUUCGUUAUAUAGAAGCCCUGAAUCGUUAACAAAGUCAACGCUAACAAACGACAACCUUGACGUCACAUCUUCCGUUCGGCUGUCACAUUGUCGACCCCUGUCAAUAGAGCCAUUGAUGAAAAUAUUCAAUUUCAUCAGACCACAUCUUUUUCUUGGCCAGAAAAAAGGAAACGUCGUGAAAUUUCGAGCUCGUUCGGUUCACGCACGCAAUGUCAGCGGAAAUGGAUUACAUAUUCAUCAACAUAACGGCAUUAUAUCCAAGUAAAAAGAAAUCAACGAGAAAUUGAAAGUGAACUUUUCAAAUGAUACCAAUGAAUAACCUUGACGAUAACAACGAAUAACAAACGACGAGUCCAUUUUGCAUUUGUCCAGUCACAACCAAGAGGGUCACCUUCACCAUGAAAUAUUCGGUCAUGUUGCUUUACACCUGUGCGUUGGUGGCGAUGGUAAACGGACACUGGAAAAAUAAAGGAACGGGCAAAUGUCGAGUGCAAAGUGAAUCAAAGACGGGCAAAAGUCCGUCCUGGGAAUGGGUUGAUUGCGUUUAUAGUAACGGUGAUCUAAUUAUGAUCAGUACAACUAAACGACCUACGACUACACAGAAACCUUUAAAGAUUGAAGGGCAAUUCAAGAAGAGAGGGCCAGGCAAAUGUUUGGUAAAGAGUGAAACUGAGAAGACGAAAAAGGGAAAUCAACCAGCUUGGGUGUGGGUUGAUUGCGAUUAUUCAAGCGGUCGUCCGAAACCGAUUACUUCUAAUCCACCUGUCGUGAAAACAACAGCGAUGCCAACAACCGUUCGACCUGUCGUUCCAGUACCACCUCCGGUACCAAAUCCAGUCCGGCCUCAAAUACCAGUCCAAAUUCCUGCUCGUCCUCCAAUGCAAGUUCCAGUACAGGUCCGUCCUCCAAUGCAAGUUCCAGUACAGGUACGUCCUCCAAUGCAAGUUCCAGCACAGGUCCGACCUCCAAUGCAAGUUCCAGCACAGGUCCGUCCUCCAAUGCAAGUUCCAGCACAGGUCCGACCUCCCAUGCAAGUUCCAGUACAUGUCCGUCCUCCAAUGCAAGUUCCACCACAGGUCCGUCCUCCAGCCCAAGUUCCACCACAGGUCCGUCCUUCAACGCCAGUUUAUUUUCCUGCCUGGCCUUCAGUUCAAGUUCCAUCACGACCUCCUCCAGUUCCAGCUCCUUUCCCCGUUCAGUCUCCAGUGCCUGCUCCCGUUCCACCUCGACCUCUUAUUACACCAACUCCAACUCCUGCCCGACCGCCAAUGUCGGCUCCUACUACACCGAGAUCUGUUCCAGUUGCCACGACUCGGAAGACAUCGUUGACUACUCCGAGCAAUGAAAUCUGCAAGGGAAGAUGGUGCUGGAAUGGUACAAUAUGGGUAGACAAAGGUAAACCUUCAACAGAAAAGACAUUGAAUAUUUUCAAGAAACCCACGCUACCUUAAAGUGCUGGACAGACUGGAACGCUCAUCACCGUGCAGCAAUCAAGCAACAAUAAAAAUGAAUAUCCCAAAGAUGAAUGAAAUAUAAUUACUUACUUUUGUGUGAACUUUGAUUUAUUGUAUUUACGUCAACCGACAUGCCAUUUGUCUGUUCUUUUUUUUCAAGAAGCAUUCUCAUACUAUAUUUAAAACUGAAGCCAAUAAAAGCAUUAUUAACUUA